GGAUCGAGCACCGGGUUAUACGAGAAAGAGCUGAUACAUCGUACACCUCAUUAUGAUUGUACAAAAAACACUAAUAUGGGUGGUGUGUAUCGGGAUCCUGAGUGGGACGCAGGCUGAAAAUGACAGAUGGUCACGCCAGAUUACAAACAGCGAGUGGAUUCCACUCGCGAAUCCUCGUGGCAGCCAUAAAAUCCAGAACGCCGUGCCCGUAGCACCGCCAGUAGCUCCUGCAGCUCCAGCAACUCCUGCUCUAGCUGACAGUAGUGUACAACCAGCCGCUCCCAUGCCCGCGGUGUCUUUUCCACCGGCUUUGCAGCAACAAUAUCAGGAUCAGCUGCUGCAAUUACAAAAGACUCAGGAGAGCAUUCAGAGGCUUUUGAUGCUACAACAGCAACUCAAGGCCCAGCAGCAACUAUUACAGUCGCAUGCUUACCAGCCAAACACUUUUGGAAGUCCAGCGAGUGAGAAACAGGCGCUUCAUCAGAGCACGAUCGUAAAUCUCCAAACGCUGCCGGAAUUGGCGCCGGAGGUCCUAGUACCACCCGUGCCCUCCUCUGACGCUCUACCUCCAGUAUUUCGAGCUCAAAACUUCCACUUAGCCGAGCCCGGACUUAAGCACAAGCCAAACGGCCCGUUCAACGUUGCGAAUUCAGCUGCCACUAGUUCUGAACAAGAUUACCGACAAGCUCACGAUGAAUCGAUAUUACGGAACCAACCCCAAGGGGACGCCGCUAAGGAUUACAGCUUGAAGCAGCCGAAAAAUCGUUACGAGGGCGCUUCGCACAGGCAAAAGGAGGAGCCCUCUCAUGUGAAUUUCGUGACUCCGUCGACGAGUGCCGACGAGCAAGAAGAGAUCCAAUUGGUAUAUGUACCAGCUGAAACAUUAGCUCAACGAGGCCAGGCCAAAAUUUUGAGACAACACGCGAAAAAACUCAAACCCAAUAGACAACACCAACGGUACGAAGAAGACUCUUCCUUGGAUGAUGCAUCUGACGACGAAUAUGCCCACGAGAUCCUUCAUCAGCUUCAACUCCAACAUGACGAGAAGAACAAAUUUUUUAAUACCGAGAGGCAAAAGGAUAUCGACAGAUUACACGCCGAGCAAAAGGAACUGGAGCGUUUAGCUCGCGUGCAACAAGAGAUCGCGAGAAAGGAAAUGGAAGCCGAGAAGAAGCGCAAGGAGCUCGAAAGAAUCGCAACUUUGGAGAAAGAAAAAGAGUUUAAGCGGGAAAAAGAGGCUAGGCUGAGAGCAGAGGCCAUCCGUAACCAGGAUAUUCAAUCGCAAACCUACGACUUUGAUCAAUCUCAAGAUCAGCCAUUGGCUCAUGAAUCCCAACUUCAUCAUCAGCAUUUGACUGAAGUUACGAGUAAGAAUCUGAAAAAUACUAGAACUCGUAGCAACAAACCACGGAGUAAGUUACAUCAGUUCCAUCAGGAGCUUACGGAACCAGAAACGGCGCAGUCCAAUACACCAACUCCUAAUCAACCACCACUAUCUGUGUAUAUGGGUGAUUCACUGUCAUCAAACCACCAUCAGAUUCGCUUAGCUGAUGUUCUAAAGACUUUGAAAAAUGCUAAGUCUAUUGCUGUGCUCGAUGGCUUUAUAGGCCCGGAAACUCCACGAGUUUUCGUUGGACCAAGACACUUGGAGCCCAUGCCAGGCUAUGUCAAAUUUGAUUUGCCUUACCUAUCUUCCAUCGAGAACAAUCGUGUUGAAAGAAAAGUUGACAAACUUCCGUUCUUCGUAGCACCUUUGAGCUUCGAACCACCCCCAGGAUACUCAAAGAUUUCGUUCCCUGCUCCACAUAUAGGAUCUGUAGUAAUCAAUAGUUUGGAAAAUGUUGAAAUCAAGCCUCUCGACAGCUUGAACCCAAAUCCAACCCCGUUGAUCGAACCUAAUUCCUACGUAGUAAAUAACCAGCCAUCCACAGGUUUUGACGUUACAUCCUUGUCUUAUUCGCAAACUCCUACUACGGCGAGAUACGAAGUGUCAUCGUUACCUCCUAGUCAAUCGAGCACCAAAUGGAGAUUUAAUGAAGUGUUCCAGAACAAACCGUCAACGGAUAUGCCAUCAGCGGUGACAGCAGCUUCCUACAACGAAGAACGAUUCCCUAGUAGCAAGUUUGAAAGUUCAUCUAAGAAUAGGAACUACUACAAUCUUAAUGAAGUAUCAUCAACCCCUAACUACUUCAGUCCUAAGACUGUAUCUCCCAAAACAAUAACAGCAUUCUCCUUCGAGCAAUCAACACCAUCGUAUCAACAGGAACCAACGAGGCAGCACAAUGUCCAGCCUCACUACGUGACUCAGAGCAUCCGCAAUUUCCAUCAAGCUAUAAACCGUUUUCCUGAUCCCAUAGAACCUCAUCAGCAGAAGAAUCACCGCUACCCUGUCGAUCCUACGGGACACACCGUGACCAACGCGUAUUCCAUCAAUCAGUCUCCUCAUCACGAGGAUCAGUCUCGGUAUAAUUUACCUUCCGAAUUGCCGGCCAUCUCGCCACAACUUCCUGGUUUGGUGAAUGCUUUGGUCGAAAAACCUGAACUGUCCAGUAGUAUUCAACCGAUAAUAACAACUACGCCAAUCCCAUCGUCUACUACGACAACUACAACUGAAACGCCGACCACCACGUACAGAUCUCGUGCACGACAAAGAACAAGAGUAACUGCUUCAAGGGCGUCGACUACUUUGUCUCCUCCGUCGAGAGGAAACUCUGAAAGAACAAGACGACCAAUCAAUAGGUCGAGAUCAAAAUAUACCAGCACAACUGAAGAUUAUCGUGACUCUUCUUAUGAUCCAACAAGAAGGAGCUCAGUCACGACUUCGAGAUACGAUGAACAGAAUGUAAGACGACCUGCUCGUCCUCAGAACUACAAGCCGAGGGAUGAAGAAACCAAAGAGUCGAUACAGACUCAGAUCGUCGAUUCGGAUUCUCCGAGCGAGCAAGGUCAGCGCGGUAACGCCUUCGAAAAUGCUUCCCCGAUCGAUUCCACCUCACCCUCCCAGAGCAGCAGCUCCAGCGACACCAGCAGUUCUCAGGACGCUACUCUCAAGUCGAACUCCAAUGUCUAUCAGCAGGACGAUUAUUCAAGCUCAACGGCAGCCCCCAUCGAUAACCUCUCGCACCGGAGCACUGGCAUUUCGGACUCCCUUCUUUCCCUAGCUGGUCUCGAGUACACUCGAAAAGCAACCCAAACUUCGACGACCCCUCCGACUUACGAGCAGACGAGAAACGAUGAGCAGCCGAUCAAUGGGUUCAAUUAUCGGACUCACGAAGUCAAAUUGCAGCCCAAUCGAGAGUUUUCCUUCUACAGGCCCGGAAAGACACAGGGUGUAGUGUUCGAACCGAUCGCCAGCACCGGUUUGCCAAACGUGCAGCGGUCCCAGCUUGAGGACUUCUCGCCGGUUUAUCACGCUGUACCACAACAGUACGAGAAGAACGAGACCCCGAGACCGGUUUACCACAACAUUCCAACCGAUUCCAGGGACGACGAGCAGCCAAUUUUCUUGCCGAUCCCGCAUGAUAAGCGGGAGGAGUACGCUUACCAGACCACUCUGACUGAAGCUGUUCUCGAGACCACGACUCCCACAACGACAACAACUACGACAACGAAAAAGCCAACAACAACGACAACAACGACGGAAGUACCAGUAAUAAUCCGUCAACGCGUGCGAGCUCGACUCGGCACUCGUCCAGCCCACCAGCAGGACUCGGUGAUCCAAACGCGUCCACGUGGCUCUCAAGACGAGUACGUGCGAUUCAGCGCCGUGAACCAGGACAGCCCGCAGCGAGCGAGACAGCGAGCGAGACCAAGUCGUACUCGUCAGCAGCAGCAGUCCCAGCACAACAACUCGCCGAUACAGACGGAGGGUCAGGAGUACGUGAGGAUCCAGUCGGUGCCCGCGCAGUCGCGCAGACCACUGGCCUCGAGGACGACCCCCGCGAGCACGAGCACUACGACGACGACGACAACGACCACUACGACCCAGCAAACGCCCCUCCCCGAGGAACGACCGAGUGCCGAAUCUGGGGAACAGGAUGGUUUUGGAUUCAUUAGGUCUCCCAACUACAGGCCUGCCCAGUCCACCGGCCAGAAGACCACCCAGUCACAGAGCACCGAAAGCUCGAGAGCCCCAACACCGACAACAGAAUCCAGCCCGUCCCAAGCCCAGAUCUUGAAAAACCGGCAAAAGUACUUCGGCUCGACCCGCCGGCCCAGCAGCACCCGCCGAGCCACGACCCCGUCCUCGUCCGAGGAACUCUCGUACACGGUCCGAACCCGCAGCCGGCCCAGUUACCACUCUCAGGAGGAGACAAAGCCGCUGCGGGAGCGCACGAAGCUGCGCCGACCUCAAGGCAUCCGGAAACGCGUCACGACCACCACCACCACGAGCACCACCACCGAGAACGCGGCGGUCGAGGCCAACAACGAGCUCCCCCCGGACGAGAAUUACCCGAGGAACCAGCCGGGCAAGAGGCGCGAGCAGGACUUGACGGACGAGAACUACCCACAGGAAUUUCUCCUGAACUACGGAGCGUCGCAAAGUUUCCACCGCGACGACUACGACCAAGCACAGCUGGCCAGCCGUCAGCAACCGUCCUCGACACGCGCCCGGCUCUCCGGCAACAACCGAGCCGCUUCUGACAUUUACGGCGCCGAAAGCCAAUGGUCCACCAAAGUGUCGGGCAACUCCUUCCAGCCCAACAGCUACACGCCUAAUCACGCCCACGACAAUUCGGCCAAGUCCCUCGAUUCCCUGGGCAACGAGAAGGCCGGGGAUCUCCCGGAAAUCAUAACAGCCGGACCCGAAGUGCCCUCCAUCACCGUACUUGUGAGCUCGGAAGACGAAGAGGACGAUCACCACGAGAGCAGUAGCGAGCAGAUGAGCUCCAGCUCCGAGGAAUCGAUCGUUGACACCAUGAUGAGCACGAUGGUCGACUUUGGGAAGAAAAUGAACGCCCAGGGAGACGAGGGCUCGGUCACCGCGCUGCCCGAGGGCAUGAUUCCCGUCACGACUACACCGAUCGUUACCAUUACCGAGAGUACGUCCCAUCAGCCAGCACCGGAGACUAAUGCCAAGCUCUCUGGAUCGACGUUCAAGAAGGCUGGACUGAGAAGACGACGCGUUCGCGUGAAGGUGAGACCGGCCGGGGCAAGUUCAGAGGACUUUGUCACCGCAGAAUCUCAGAGCUACGACUCGUCGCUGAACAACUUGCCACGAGAGCCAACCAAGUAUCGCAACUUCUACGUAACAACUGACAGCCCAACCACCACAUCUACGGCAACAGUGACGUCGACAUCGACAUCAACUACAACUACCACUACAGCAACCUCAGCCGAAGAGGUGGAGAAAUCCAUCUUUGAAUCUUUCCUGGACAAAAUGCUAGGUGGAGCUGAGGAAACCUCGCCAACGGUGGUACCUGAAAUCAUCACUACUACCGCCAGUCCUGAAGUUGAGACUAAUCCCGAGGUAGGGGAGACGACCUUGAAAGAUAGCAGUAGCUAUGCCAACCCAACCAUAGCAUCCCAUCCAACCAGUGAAGAUUCGACAAUGUUGAAUAGUGGAGACAAUGAGGAGGUAGUGGGUAACACGGAACUACCUCCAGCCACAACAACAACGUUAAUCGACAGCGCAGAAGUUCAUUCUACCACAACGACAAUGCCAACGACACCUAGUAAGACUAGUCCACCGAGGACGACAAUUACGACAACCACGACAACGACACCUAAUAAGACCAGCCCACCAAGCACAACAACCACAACAACAACGACGACAACUACGACGACAGAGAAAGUCGACGACGUCAGGAGCAACAGUGGCGAAAACGUUAUCCAGUCAUUGAACCAAGAAAACUCCUUGAGGUACUUUGCAACCAAAAGCCCAGCGUUCAACGAAUACCUGAAGAGCCAGGAAAAGUCAAAGAUGUCGGAGGACAACCCAGCCCAUCCAAAGAACCACAGAUCCAAGUGGAGCGAAGUGAGGUACCUGAACCACAAAUGGAGUCCCAAGAGUAACCUGAGCCAGGACUCGAAACGUUCUGAGGAACAGAAACAGACUUCGGCUGAAUCUCAUACUGGAAACGUCUCUGACUACGUGAAAGCCAUCUUUGAGAGCAUCAAGAGCGCCGACGAGGAACACCACCAGAAAACCAAGCUUUCUGACAAGACGUUCUUGAGGAAGGACAAGAAUCUGUCUGAUCCACCGACUGAAAUCAAGACCUCUAUCUCCUCGUCGAGCAGAGUGGUCUCUCGACCCGUUGGUAGCCACAGCAGCAGCCAGGAAAGUGCUUCGCCCGCUAGUGCGACGACAACGACCGAAUCUACGAAUACCUUUGGACCCUUCGUACCUUCAAUGAUGUCGGAUAGAUUACCGGGUGUUUUGGUGAAGAAGACCCCGUUGGAGCUCAACUUGGGCAAAAUCCUGAAGACGACGACAAAAGUGACGCACCAAACGGAAAUCUGCUAUCGCGGCAGGUGCGUCAUGUCCAAGCCCAAAAAGGAGGGUCUCUCGAUAUGAGCGGUCAUUUCGGGUACCAAUAGAGCUGGACAGUAUUACACUGAAUUGAAAUCUCGCGAAUCGUGCUGAUCUCACCAUUUGGAUGAACAAGUGAUUUUGGUUUUUUGUCAAAGUAUGGUUUAUUUUGUGUACUUUGUUUUCACUACUUUUACGGCUUUUGCAUCGAAGCUUGAAUGCAAAAGUCGGAAAAGGAAUAUAACACAUGGUUUAAAAUUCGAAUACUUCCAGCUCUAUUGAAAACAGGAAAA